AUCAGCCAAUGGAGUCUUGAGAAAGGUGGAGCGGCACCUCGAGGACUCCCCAUGGAUCCGGCUCUCUGAAUAUUUAUGAGGGAGGCGGGCCGACGCCGCUUUUCGCCGCGGCCGGCGCCAUGAAGCUCAACGUGGACGGGCUGCUGGUCUACUUCCCUUACGACUACAUCUACCCGGAGCAGUUCUCCUACAUGCUGGAGCUCAAGCGCACGCUGGACGCCAAGGGUCAUGGAGUCCUGGAGAUGCCCUCAGGCACUGGGAAGACAGUGUCCCUGUUGGCCCUGAUCAUGGCAUACCAGAGGGCGUAUCCACUGGAGGUGACUAAACUCAUCUACUGCUCGAGGACUGUGCCUGAGAUUGAGAAGGUGAUCGAAGAACUGCGAAAAUUGCUCAACUUCUAUGAAAAGCAGGAAGGUGAGAAGCUGCCGUUUCUGGGGCUGGCUCUGAGCUCUCGGAAGAACCUGUGUAUUCAUCCCGAGGUGAUGCCCCUGCGCUUCGGGAAGGACGUCGACGGGAAGUGCCACAGCCUCACGGCCUCAUACGUGCGGGCCCAGUACCAGCAGGACUCCAGCCUGCCCCACUGCCGCUUCUACGAGGAGUUCGACAUCCACGGGCGCCAGGUGCCGCUCCCUGCUGGCAUCUACAACCUGGACGACCUGAAGGCCCUGGGGCGGCGUCAGGGCUGGUGCCCCUACUUCCUCGCCCGCUACUCGAUCCUGCACGCCAAUGUGGUGGUUUACAGCUACCACUACCUGUUGGACCCCAAGAUUGCAGAGCUGGUGUCUAAGGAGCUAGCCCGGAAGGCUGUCGUGGUCUUCGACGAGGCCCACAACAUCGACAACGUCUGCAUCGACUCCAUGAGCGUCAACAUCACCCGCCGCACGCUCGACCGCUGCCAGGGCAACCUGGACACCUUACAGAAGACGGUGCUCAGGAUCAAGGAGACGGAUGAGCAGCGGCUGCGGGAGGAAUACCGUCGCCUGGUGGAGGGGCUGCGAGAGGCCAGUACGGCCCGGGAGACCGACGCCCACCUCGCCAACCCCGUGCUUCCCGACGAGGUGCUCCAGGAGGCCGUACCCGGCUCCAUCCGCACGGCCGAGCACUUCCUGGGCUUCCUGCGGCGGCUGCUGGAGUACGUCAAGUGGCGGCUGCGGGUGCAGCACGUGGUGCAGGAGAGCCCGCCUGCCUUCCUCAGCGGCCUGGCGCAGCGAGUGUGCAUCCAGCGCAAGCCCCUCAGGUUCUGUGCCGAGCGCCUCCGCUCCCUCCUGCACACCCUGGAGAUCGCUGACCUCGCCGACUUCUCUCCCCUCACCCUCCUGGCUAACUUCGCCACCCUCGUCAGCACCUACGCCAAGGGUUUCACCAUCAUCAUCGAGCCCUUUGAUGACAGGACCCCCACCAUUGCCAACCCCAUCCUGCACUUCAGCUGCAUGGACGCCUCACUGGCCAUCAAACCUGUGUUCGAGCGCUUCCAGUCUGUCAUCAUCACGUCUGGGACGCUGUCCCCACUGGACAUCUACCCCAAGAUUCUGGACUUCCACCCUGUCACCAUGGCAACCUUCACCAUGACGCUGGCCCGGGUCUGCCUCUGCCCCAUGAUCAUUGGUCGUGGCAACGACCAGGUGGCCAUCAGCUCCAAAUUCGAGACCCGGGAGGAUAUCGCGGUGAUCCGGAACUAUGGCAACCUCCUGCUGGAGAUGUCGGCCGUGGUCCCCGACGGCAUCGUGGCCUUCUUCACCAGCUACCAGUACAUGGAGAGCACCGUGGCCUCCUGGUACGAGCAGGGCAUUCUCGAAAACAUCCAGAGGAAUAAGCUGCUCUUCAUUGAGACCCAGGAUGGGGCCGAGACCAGUGUCGCCCUGGAGAAGUACCAGGAGGUGCCUGCAGGGGGCUCUGGCUGUUCCUGUCCCCCCCCCCCCACCCCGCAAGCUCAGCUGCUCCAGCCCCGGCCUGUGCUCGCUCCCCCAGUGCACCACUACGGGCGCGCGGUCAUCAUGUUCGGUGUCCCCUACGUCUACACCCAGAGCCGCAUUCUCAAGGCACGGCUGGAAUACCUGCGGGACCAGUUCCAGAUCCGAGAGAACGACUUUCUCACCUUCGACGCCAUGCGCCACGCGGCCCAGUGUGUGGGGCGGGCCAUCCGGGGCAAGACGGACUACGGCCUCAUGGUCUUCGCUGAUAAGCGGUUUGCCCGGGCCGACAAGCGUGGCAAACUGCCCCGCUGGAUCCAGGAACACCUCACGGACGCCAACCUCAACCUGACGGUGGAGGAGGGGGUCCAGGUCGCCAAGUACUUCCUGCGGCAGAUGGCGCAGCCCUUCCACCGGAGCCCAUCCUUCUCGAUCUGGGAAACUGGCUGGCUGCUGUCUCCCGCCCUCAGGACUGGCUUCUGCUUCCAGGGAUGGAAGACCAGCUGGGGCUGUCCCUGCUCAGCCUGGAGCAGCUGGAGUCGGAGGAGACGCUGCGGAGGAUAGAGCAGAUUGCACAGCAGCUGUAGCUCGAGGUGCCCCGGCCCCCCUCACCUGGGCCCCAGCAGCCUUUGGACCAUCCACGUUCAGCGUGUUGAGUGACAUGGCUCUCUUCAUCCUGGAAGGAGAGGGUGGCAGGGUGAGGCCCCGAGCGUCUGCUUCCCACUCUGGGGCAAGACUUGCCUGGCACUGGAUAUGACUGUACGUGUGGCAGAGGAGAUGGGAACCAUGGAAAAUUCUGGAACAGGACAGGGAGCAGGGUGGGUUGCAGGAGCUGCAGCUGUUGGGGCUCUUGGCUGCCCUGAUUGGACACUCACCUGGCUGCCCCUGCCACCCCCUCGCCUCGGAGACGGGAGACCAGCUUCUCGCUUCCACGCCGUAGGGACUCACGGAGCUUGGAGAAGGAGCUGCUCCUACGAAGGGUCUGGGGAGGGCGCCCGGGACACCAGUCAGUCCCCCUUCUCCUCUGGUCUCCACCCCAGGAGCCGAAGCGAAGCCCACCCUCCCUCCUCACCUGUUCUGCAUCACCAGCUGUGCCAGGGUUGGGGGCUCCUAGAAAAAGAGGGAGACAGUGCAGUGGGGACAUGGAGCAGUAGCCUAGGGGGCCGGGGUGGGGCUGGGGGCUCACCCAGAGGGGCAGGCAGGUCCUCGCGGCUCAGGAUCUCUCGGUACAGCUCUUCUGCCUGCUGGUACUUGUUCUGUUUCAGGUAGGCUGAGGCCUGCGGGGUGGGGGGGCGGGAAUCGUGGCUCAGAUCUGGAGCGCCCCAGGCACAUCCUCCCCCCCCCACCUCGUGACCUCGGGCAGGUGACUGGUUCCUGCUCUACCUUGGGCUAGUGACAUAACCUCUGUGCCUCAGUUUCCUCAUUUGCAAAAUGGGACUACAGGAGCACCUAUCUCCUAAGGUCCUUUAAGAAACACCUGUUUCCCUAAAGGAAAGGGGGCUAGAGCUCAAUAAAUACCUGCGACUGCCA